UACCGAAAAUAUUAUAUUAUUAUACUAGUACACAAUCGGCUCAACAAAUCAUUGAAUCGGGUUUCAUAAGACCCAGUCGUCCAAAUCAACCGUAUGGACAGGGAGUCUAUAUGACACCAAUGAAACCGGGUUUGAAUAGUGCCGAUGAAAUUAUCAAAAACAAUCAAAAUGUACCCGGUUAUGUUAGAAAUAAUUGUGCCGAUUUUUAUAUUAAAAUCUAUACUAGUACAUUGGUAUCAGCUAAACUAAAAUUUAUCAGCAACAAUUUAUAUUGUUACACUGAUCAAGUUAUAAUAACUAAUUCAAAUAAAUUAUUGCUGCUACAUGAUGAUGAUGUUACUUCAAAUAAUGUUCAGAUUCAAUCAUCGGAUUGUCAGAUAAAUGGGGACAGUAGUCAUGUCGAUGAUGAUGAUGAUGGUGUAGUUGGUUGUCAUAGUCAACAAUCCCAACAACACCAACACCAAGUGCUCUACUAUUAUACAAAUCAUGAAUCGGCUCAACGAUACAAAACCUGUGGUUCAAUCAAAUUGAAUUUAAUUCGUAUAGUAUUCAACCGUCACCUUAAGCUAACAACAUUGGAUCCGGAUAGAUAUUCAAAAUCAGAUAUAUUAGCUAGAUACUAUCAAGGACAGUCAACUGUACCUGUACAAUAUCGUGAUAAAGCUGAUUGGUGUAUUAGGAUUAUGGUGGAUAAAUUGGACCUGACCAAAUUGAUAUCAAUGGCUAAUAAUAUGUUUACUUAUAGCGAUAGUAUACCAAUCAAUCAAAUUGAUGUAUUCAAAAAACCUAAAUUAAAUUGGAUUGCUACAAAACUAAAUAGUCCAGCAACUAUUUCAUCAUACAGUAGCAUGCUCAAUGUUCCCGAUAGACUGUAUCACUAUGUUGGCAAUGAUGGUGUCGACACCAUUAGGAAAGUUAGCAAAAUUCAACCCAAUUUCCUCGAUCAUGGUAUCAAUGGUUUAUUACUAUCGUCAAUGUCACCGGGUGAAUUUACACGCCUAGAAAUCAAACUAGAUAUCUACGAUAAUCAUUGUCCCAUUGAUAUUGUCGAUUGGGUAAUACCUAUUAGGACAGUUACAUUGGAUCGUAUUAAAUUGCACCUGGUCAAUCGUAUAGCUAGUACAAACAAAUAUGACCUAUUUUACUAUGACCUGGAUAUAGUUAUAGAUACAAAUGAUAUAUUAGAUAAGCUACAGUGUUUGGAUGAACAGGUAGAUAAUAACAAUAAUGACCCUGCUAAUAGCCUAUACCCUUGA